AUGGAGAUGGACGAUGGGAAAGGUGGCACAGGGCUCCGGCAGUACUACCUGUCCAAGAUCGAGGAGCUGCAGGUGAGCCAGUCCUGGCUGCACAGGAGACGCCCAGCCAGCCUGCCCCAGAAUGGCACCGCUGUGGUGCACCCAGAGGGGAAGUUUGUGGUGGAUGUGGACAAGAACAUCGACAUUAACGACGUGACCCCAAACUGCCGCGUGGCCCUGCGCAACGACAGCUACACGCUGCACAAGAUCCUGCCCAACAAAGUGGACCCUCUCGUGUCCCUGAUGAUGGUGGAGAAGGUUCCGGAUUCCACUUACGAGAUGAUCGGGGGCUUGGACAAGCAGAUAAAGGAGAUCAAGGAAGUGAUCGAGCUGCCGGUCAAGCACCCUGAGCUCUUCGAGGCGCUGGGGAUCGCCCAGCCGCUCCCCGGCCCCCCCGGCACAGGCAAGACCUUGCUGGCCAGGGCUGUGGCCCACCACACCGACUGCACCUUCAUUCGCGUCUCGGGCUCCGAGCUGGUGCAGAAGUUCAUCGGCGAAGGACACCAAGCUCCCCCCAGCUCCGUGGUGCAGCCUUGA